AUGAACAAGUCCGAUGGGCUUGACCAAACCUCACAGAUUAUUCCUCAGAUCGUCCUUGAUCUUGUCGUCGAGAAGAAGUUUGAGCUCUCCCAUUCCUUGGAGAGGGGAAGUGUCCACUUCAUUGGCUACAAAACACCCGACAUCGAUGAAGAUGUGGAUGACUCUUCUUCUGACUCAGAAGACUACUCAGAAGAGGAGGAGGAUGUGGAGGUCCCUGAAACUGUCACUGCCAAUGGAAAUGCUGGAGCAGCUACUUCGAGUGUUGUCAACGCUGACUCGGAGCCUAAGGCCAAGCCUGUUGAAGUGAAGAAGCAUGAACCAGACGAGGAUGGUGAAGGCUCUGAGGAGAAGGGAAUGAGUGUUUGCACUUGUGUUCCUAGUGGAUGGAUAUUGACUAGGAUGAUUGAGAUGAUGCGUAAGAUGACUCUGGAGAUGAAGAAGAAGUGA